UCCUCACUUCCUCUCAAGGAGGGAGAGAGAGUAAGGCUACGCCCUAGCCGACCCGAGGCCGGCUUCGCGUCACAGGAACUUCAGCACCCACGGGGCGGACAGCGCUCUCCUCCACCUGAAGACCUGACUUCCGAGCGCCCGGAGCCUUUCUAAUCCCUUUACCGGGUAGCCGCGCGGAGUUCCACCGGCCGCUGGAUCCCUGCCACUCUCCCUCCCCUCACCCGCCCUCCUGGCUCUUCCUGUUUUUACUCCUCCUUUUCAUUCAUAACAAAAGCCACAGCUCUGGGAGCCCGGCGCCGGGCUGCUUCUGAAGCCAAGCGUGGAAGAAUGGGGUUCCUUUGGACCGGCACUUGGAUUCUGGUGUUGGUGCUCCAGAGCAGCCCAAUCCAAGCUUUCCCCAAGCCGGGAGGCAGUCAAGACAAACCCCUACAUAACAGAGAAUUAAGUGCAGAAAGACCUUUGAAUGAACAGAUUGCUGAAGCAGAAGCAGACAAGAUUAAAAAAACAUACCCUCCAGAAAACAAGCCAGGUGAAAGCAAUUAUUCCUUUGUUGAUAACUUGAACCUGCUAAAGGCAAUAACAGAAAAGGAAAAAAUUGAGAAAGAAAGACAAUCCAUUAGAAGCUCCCCACAUGAUAAUAAACUGAAUGUGGAAGAUGUUGAUUCAACCAAGAAUCGAAGACUGAUUGAUGAUUAUGAUUCUACUAAGAGUGGACUGAAUCAUAAAUUUCAAGAUGAUCCAGAUGGCCUUCAUCAACUAGAUGGAACUCCUUUAACUGCUGAAGACAUUGUCCAAAAAAUUGCUACCAGGAUUUAUGAGGAAAAUGACAGAGGAGUAUUUGAUAAGAUUGUUUCUAAACUGCUGAAUCUUGGCCUCAUCACAGAAAGCCAGGCGCACACACUAGAAGAUGAAGUAGCAGAGGUUUUACAAAAAUUGAUCUCAAAGGAAGCCAACACUUAUGAGGAGGAACCCAAUAAACCGACAAGCAUGACUGAGAGUCAGGCUGGAAAAAUACCAGAGAAAGCGACUCCAAUGGCAGCAAUUCAAGAUGGUUUUACUAAUGGACAAAAUGAUGAAACAGUAUCUAAUACCUUAACCUUGACAAAUGGCUUGGAAAGGAGAACUAAAAUCUACAAUGAAGACAACUUUGAGGAACUCCAAUAUUUCCCAAACUUCUACGCACUACUGAAAAGUAUUGAUUCAGAAAAAGAGGCAAAAGAGAAAGAAACACUGAUUACUAUCAUGAAAACGUUGAUUGACUUUGUGAAGAUGAUGGUAAAGUAUGGCACAAUAUCUCCAGAAGAAGGCGUUUCCUACCUUGAAAACUUGGAUGAAACUAUUGCUCUUCAGACCAAGAACAAGCUAGAAAAAAAUGUUACUGACAAUAAAAGCAAACUUUUCCCAGCACCAUCAGAAAAAAGUCAUGAAGAAACAGAUAGUACCAAGGAAGAAGCAGCUAAGAUGGAAAAGGAAUACGGAACCUUGAAAGAUUCCACAAAAGACGAUAACCCAAGAGGAAAGACAGAUGAGCCAAAAGGAAAAACAGAAGCCUACUUGGAAGCCAUCAGAAAAAAUAUUGAAUGGUUGAAGAAACACAACAAAAAAGGAAAUAAAGAAGAUUAUGACCUUUCAAAGAUGAGGGACUUCAUCAACCAACAAGCGGAUGCUUAUGUGGAGAAAGGCAUCCUUGAUAAAGAAGAAGCUGAUGCCAUCAAGCGUAUCUACAGCAGUCUGUAAAAAUGGCAGAAGAUCCAGGAGUCUUUAGACUGUUUCAGUAAACAUAGCUUAAAACACUUCUAAUUCUGUCAUUAAAGUUAUUUGACCCAAGGAUUAUUAGAAAGUGAUGAAAUUGCAGUAGUUAACCUUUUAGAAGUGGUUAAACAUAGCUUUCUUGCCAUAAAAACUGUCUGAAAAGUAAAGUUGUAUGUAAGCUGCGAUUUUGCAUAUAGAAUCCUUAUUUCCUUUUAGAUUUACAUUUUAUAAUCAGAGAUAUGUUGCUUUGGAAAGCCUGUCAUGGAUAGAACUUAAAAUUGAAGCUUCUUCCCUCCGUGUCACACCCACAAGCACCCACCUGAAGAAUUAGGGGCUUCUGUUUUCAAGGCAUGCUGGGUACCAAAGCACCUCAUAGAAUAUGUCUGUUACAAGAUGUUGUUUUCACUACCAGUUCCCUUUGGGGAGUUAAAAUAAAUUUACAUUUCUUCAAAGCCUCUCUAGCUUAAAGGAUAACUCUCUGCUUUUUUGGCUGUUCCUGCUGGCUCUUUAUCAGGCCCAGUGGUACAAAAAGGAACCUGAAAGAUAAGCAUAGGAUUUGCUGGAUUCAUCAACAAUUUCUCCCAACAUUUGACAUUUCCAGACACUGAGUUUGUUUAUUAGUAGGAAUAACUAUGUGCUCUCCAAGGAGAAAAAUGAGGUCAUAAACACUACAGAAGCAAAGUAAAAAUGCCUGCCAGACCUGAGUUAUCUAAACUGAAUUUAAUCCAGACCAAGGUAUUCUCAACAGAGAGCAAGAGGGCCAAGCAGUAGUGCAGAAAUAGAGAAAACAGUCAUUCCCUUCUUUGUGGACCAAAGCUGGUGAACGAGCUUUCCUGGAAGAAAAGGUUAAUGAACUUAGGGUCUCUGCAACUCCUCUUCCUCAGCUGCCAUCGCAAACACAGCCCUGGAAGCAACACACAGUGGCCCAAGGUCCUCCUGAAAUGGUAAUGGGCAAUGCUCCCAAACCAAAGAAUGCUUUGAAAAUGCAUUAUUCAGCAUAAAGUGAUAACAUAUUUUUCUAUCUAUUUCAGCUGGAAAUCUUAAAAAUAAUAUAAUGCUUUGUGUAUUAGCUGUCAUGACUUCAAACGGCCUUCUGAUACUUGUCUUGAAUGCUCCUACUUGGUAUCUACUUUUUGGUGAGGGCUGGGGAACGUAUAGGGACAACGUUAAGAGGUUAUUUUUCACAGGGAGGAAACCACUGCUGCUCCUCCCCAUCCUCUCUAGAGUUGUAAAAAUAAACAAAACGCAAAGCCUGACACCCACACAAACUAAACUCAGUAUGUUCUAGAAAAGCCAGUACUCCCUGGUGAGCAGUAAGAGGGAACUAAAAACACCUAUGCCCAAAUUAUCCUUGCCAAACACAGUGAGUCAGAUCAUUUUAAUGUCAUCUUUGAUAACACGACCUACUCCUUCACCCAAGUCCUACAGUCCAAACAGGCUGCUUGUACAUCAGGGGAAAAAAAAGUCUCACUGCAAUUAAAGCAUUUUAUCCAUUCACUUUUCUAUAAUAUAUCUAGAUACCUAUGCAGUCUAUUUUUAAAUAAGACAUUUAUUUAGGGAGUUUAUUGUAGUUUUCUGACACACAGAUAUUCAUUAGCUCCCAGCAGUAGCCAAGAAAAAAGAAAAGGGAGAUCAUCGGCCCUGUUUUAGAAAUGAGUAAACUGGUUCACAAGAAGAAGGGCACAGAGUGUGCUCAAACUCGGAUGGCCAAGAAGUGGUUAAAAGUGGGCCUCGGACCCGGUUUCUUGUGGCUCAGUCCACUCCUCCGAGGCAGUACUAAAGUACUCUGGUCCAAAACAGUUCAACUGUGGCCACAACAAAUCCAGAGUUUUUAAUAACGUGAAGGACAGAGAUGGCUUGGCCAGAAAGUGCUAAGAGUAGACCUUAGGCAACAAAGAAAUAGAAGAAUAUUUUUAAGAUUGUGGUCUGAAUUUUACAUUUCUGCUUAUAUUACAUCUUUUGGAUAGCAUUUUUGGAUUUAUGUCUUUUGGAUUACUCUCAAAUUUCAGAUGAUGUUAAACAGCAUGAUAACUUUACAUUCUUUGAAAGUUCCUGUGCCUCCAGAGAGGCCUAGACCUUGUCUUAUAUACGCAACGGUUUCCCUUCCUUUUUUGUUUUCUUUUUGUUUUCUCCUCUUCCAACUAAAUCCCGAGUCAGGUAGCAGCAAAGCAUGAUCAAGAGACCACCCUAUAUCAGAGACGGUAACAGCAUGAGAAAAAAACCAACACAUCAGGGAGUAUGUAUGUUACGAAUAAACAAGAAAUUCAAGACAAGGGCAGAUGACUAGUGUUUCCCAUGCAUGCACCUGUUGGUCACUCUCAAGGGCUGGAGAUGUGCAGUUCCGAUUCUAUAAGCUCUGCUGCAUUGAUGUCUAAGGGCACCUGUUUCCUGCUUAAUGGAAGACCUGAAGGAGGGAGAUGGGGAAGAGAAAAUGAGGGGAGAGUCCUGUUUGCCCCACGGAAAGCAGAUUCCUUGGGGGUGUAGGGGAGGGAUAAAUAUGGGGAAUUUUUGUGGAAGCUUAAAGAUUUCUUUAACCUGGUACUUGAAUAAAAACUGAGACCAAAAAAAGUUUAACUGUAAAUAAUAUUUUGCUUAACAUUUAUGUCUGUAACCUGUACAUAUGAAAAAAGACAAAUUAUGUAAAUAAAAACUUAACCCUCAAUUCAAAUGAGCACAGUGCCUACGAAGCGCUCUUUAUAAAGUGACUUAAUGAAAUCUAAACUAGAAUUCACCAGUGUGUCAUAAUUUCUCCUUCUGAUCAUAUUCUAUGUUCAUACCAUAUCUCAAACAUAUCAGGUCAAAUAUUAUGA